AUGGCGUCCGAGCUGUCAAAUAAGCUCGAGGCGACCAGUCUCAACGACAGCACACCAAAUGCAGGCGAUUAUCGGGCAGGCCUAAAGGCCCCACCAAAGGACAACCGACACCAAACCGAAGAUGUUACGGCGACAAAGGGAAUAGAGUUCGAGGAGUUCUACUUGAAGCGAGAACUGUUAAUGGGAAUCUUUGAGGCUGGUUUUGAGAAGCCGUCACCCAUUCAAGAAGAGACCAUUCCGGUUGCGCUGACUGGGCGGGAUGUUCUGGCGCGUGCCAAGAACGGUACUGGCAAGACUGCGGCCUUCGUGAUUCCCACACUGGAACGUGUCAAUGCAAAGGUCGACAAAAUCCAAGCUCUUCUCCUCGUGCCAACGCGAGAGUUGGCGCUGCAAACAUCACAAGUAUGCAAGACCCUCGGCAAGCACUUGGGGAUCAAUGUCAUGGUCACAACCGGAGGUACUGGCCUACGCGAUGAUAUCAUGCGCUUGAAUGAACCUGUUCACAUCGUUGUCGGCACACCUGGACGUAUUCUUGAUUUGGCGUCCAAGGGAGUAGCAGAUCUUUCACAUGCGCAAACAUUUGUCAUGGACGAAGCCGAUAAGCUGCUGUCACCCGAAUUCACCGUCACCAUCGAACAGCUCCUACAAUUCCACCCGAAAGAUCGACAGGUCAUGCUCUUUUCUGCUACAUUCCCAGUUGUCGUGAAGGAUUUCAAGGAUAAACACAUGAAUGACCCACACGAAAUCAACUUGAUGGACGAGUUGACGCUUCGCGGUAUUACUCAAUACUAUGCCUUUGUGGAGGAGAAGCAAAAGGUUCACUGUUUGAACACACUGUUCAGUCGCCUGCAGAUCAACCAGUCCAUCAUCUUCUGCAACAGCACUACCCGAGUCGAGCUUCUGGCUAAAAAGAUCACCGAAUUGGGUUAUUCCUGUUUCUACUCUCACGCCAAAAUGCUACAACAUCACAGAAAUCGCGUCUUCCAUGACUUCCGCAACGGCGCCAUGCGCAACCUUGUCUGCUCAGAUCUGUUGACCAGAGGUAUUGACAUUCAGGCUGUGAACGUCGUCAUCAACUUUGACUUUCCCAAGAAUGCAGAGACAUAUCUUCAUCGUAUUGGUCGUUCUGGUCGAUUUGGACACCUUGGUCUAGCAAUUAAUUUGAUCAAUUGGGAGGAUCGUUUCAAUCUUUACCGCAUUGAGCAGGAAUUGGGCACUGAAAUUCAGCCCAUCCCGGCUGCUAUUGACAAGUCUCUCUAUGUCUAUGACUCUCCAGAGUCUAUUCCUCGCCCCAUCAACACUGCUCCUCCAAACCAAUCUGGCCAACCUGCGAAUGGGCGUCAACAGGGCAGUGGCCAAGAUCUUCUCAACCCUGCUAACCGGACUGGCUCUGGCCACCGUGGAGGACGAGGCGGAUACGCUGGGCAGCCUCGACGAGGCGGUUUCGCACCGCGCGGUGGACCAUCGCAAGCCCCGGGUCCGCCAGCUGCGCAUGCAUAA